AUAGCUAGAGGGAGGCGGCCUGAGCAGCAGCUGGUGGUGGACACCGGCCUAAGUGUGCAGAGGAGUGAGACACAUCACUUAACAUGCUCACCACCUCCUGCCUGACCCCUUUCCCUUGCCCUGAUGAUGGGGGGAGCCCCCAGGCAGUGAGUGGAGAGCCUCACCUGGGUUUGAAUUGGAAAGACAGGCCUCCGGGGCAAGGACAUUCAGGCACUGUGGACACCCAGGAUGUGGAGAAAGACCUGAGCUACCUGCACCAGUGGCUGGAAGCAUUCGUCACCAGCUUUGAGAAGGUCAUUGCAGUGCAUUCUCUGGAGCCUCGAAGGCCAGAAGAGGCUACAUCAGAGAUUCCCCGCCUGCCCCAGAACGUGCUGCAGGUCCUGGGGCAGCAGCUGGGGCUAUGUGCCGAGUGCCUGGGGGAGGCCAAGCUGACCCAAGCCCUGCUUCUCCUCAAGUUCUUCAUCAUUAUCUGCAGGAAUCUAGAGAACGUCCAGGCAGAAAACACUCCCAUCUUCAUUCCCCCGGUGAUGAUGAUGCUGGGGGCCUGCAGCACAGAGCUAAAGAGAGGUGCCCCAGCCCCUGACAGACCCUGCAAGUCUCAGCUGGAAAGUGUGGCCCUUCAUGCCCUCCAUCUUCUGGAGUGCCUUUUCGAUCCCUAUCAGACCUGGAGACGGCAGCUGAGUGGGGAAGUCGUGAGCCCCAAGGAGAAAAGCAAGUACAAGUUUGCUCCAGCAGCUCUGCCAAAGGACUUCAGCACUUUCUUUCAAGAGAGCCUUCAGGAUGUUGGUCUUCUUCCCUCCGUCCUGCAGCUUCGAUUCAUCCACCUCUUUGGAGCCAUCAUCACUGGCGGAAAGGAGAAUGCACUGGCUGCUGUCACCCCAGCAUCUGUGGAGGGACUUCUGGGGGUGCUUCGCAGCUGGGGCAGUCCCUCCCAGGACCCUCAACUCCUGCGGCUGGCCCUUCAGGGGCUAGUGGGAGCUGUGCACCUCCUCCAUUCCAGUGGUGCCUCUCAGCGGGGCCCAGAACUCCGAACCCUUCUGGAAGGCUAUUUUCGAGUCCUCAACACAGAUCGACCCCCAACCACAACUCAGGACAAUAGUCCCACCCCCAGCCCUGCUGGUGGAGAAGAAGACCUUAUCACGCUCCGGGUCAGCAUGCUUGAUGCAAUUCCAGAGAUGCUGGACUGUGCUGACCGCCCUGUCCUCCAAGCUGUCUUCCUUAGCAACAACUGCUUUGAACACAUCACACGCCUCAUUCAGAACAGCAAGCUCUACCUGCGGGCUAGAAGCCCGGUGGCCCCAGAGGGGGGCAACGAUCUCGCCACUCAGUUACUGACCGAACUCGAUAUUCAGAAGGUGCUGGACAAAGACAUUGAUGCCAUAGCUGUCCAUGCUGUCAGGGUGCUUACUUCCAUCAUGAGCAACUCUCCAUCUGCCAAGGAAGUGUUUAAGGAGAGAAUCGGCUAUUCCCACUUGUAUGAGGUUCUGAAGAGCCAGGGUCCACCCACUAGAAGGCUCCUCCAGGAAUUACUCAACAUGGCUGUAGAGGGGGACCACAGUGCCUGCCCACCCCUCCCCAUUCGGAACGAGCAGCCUCUGUUGAUUCUGGCCCAGUGGCUUCCAGUCCUGCCCUCCAGUGACCUCCAGGUGUACCUUUCAGAGAGGCUCCGACUCCUGUGUGAUGGGGGCCCUCUCAGCCGCACCACAUGUGUGAAAGCCGGCCUGGUAAGCUACCUGUUGGAAGCUCUGGGGAUGGAGCCAGCUCUGAAACGCCAGGCUGCAGAACACCUCCUGGAACUCCUGCAAUCCCUGGGGGGCGUCUCCCUGCGGCCAGCGGAGCUGAGGCGCCUCUUCCGCCUGCUCUGGACAGAGCCAGGCAAGGGUGCCCAUCCCUACACUGCUGCUGUGAUCCGGGCUCUGUCGGGAAUGGCCCGUCAGAAGGGGCCGGAGCGGGCCCUGCGCUACUUCGACCUGACGCCCAGUAUGGCAGGCAUUAUGGUGCCUUCUAUCCAGCGGUGGCCGGGGGCUGCCUUCUCCUUCCAUGCCUGGCUCUGCCUUCACCAGGAGCUACCCACCUCCAGCCUCCAAAGGGGAGGAUUCCCCAUGUUCCACCCUGCUGGCCCCCCACAGCCCAAGAGGAAGCAGCUGUACAGCUUUUUCACAUCCAGUGGUACAGGCUUUGAGGCCUUCUUCACACCUGCUGGAAUGCUGGUGGUAGCUGUGUGCACCAGGAAGGAAUAUAUGACGGUGUCGCUUCCUGAGUCCACCUUCAACGACUCUGCCUGGCACAGUGUUGCCAUUAUCCAUGUUCCGGGACGCCGACCCUUCAGCCAAAAUUUGCUGCACAUCUAUGCCGAUGGACAGCUACUGAAGACAGCCCCACUCCGCUGCCCUUCCCUCAAUGAGUCCUUCUCUUCCUGUUGCAUUGGCUUGGCUGGCCAACGAACCACUACAACCACCACAGGCCCACCUAUCUUCCCUGGCCCAUCCUACCCGCCGCAGCUGCCCUUCUCUGCCCACCCAUCCCUCUCUCGAUCUCAGUCCUUCCCUGCCAGCAUGUCUUCGUGGGGCCCCAGUGCCAAUAUGGCGGGGCCCUCACGGGAGGGAGGAGUGAGCAGCACUCUGGCUGGGAGCCAGGACACCGAGUGGGGCAGCCCUACCUCUCUGGAGGGCCAGCUGGGCUCUGUGGUCAUCUUCCAUGAAGUCCUUCAGCCAGCGCACAUCAGAACCCUUUAUACUUUGGGGCCCAAUGAAACAUCUCCCUUCAAACCAGAGGGGGAGCUGCAGGAGCUCAGUAACAAGAUGCUUCUCCACUACACACCCCAGGCCUGUAAGAAUAAAAUCUGUCUGGACCUGUCUCCUAGCCAUGGGCUCGAUGGGCGCUUAACAGGCCACAAAGUGGUGAACUGGGAUGUGAAGGAUGUGGUGAACUGCGUGGGAGGGAUGGGAGUUCUGUUGCCCCUCCUAGAACAGGUGGGUUCCCAGCCCCAGGAAGCUGAGGGACAGGCUGAAACCCAUGACCUAGUGGGCCCUGAGCUGACUUCCUCCCACAAUGCCCAGGGUCUGCUUAUCCCCCUGGGUAAGUCCUCAGAGGGCCGAGUAGAACGGAAUGGUGUAGCUGCCUUCUUGCUCAUGGUGAAGAAUUUUCUUCGAGGACAUCUGGUGAAUCAGGAGAGCUUGAUGCAAUGCCAUGGGCCAGCCAUCAUUGGGGCAUUACUGCAGAAGGUCCCCAGCCAGUGCAUGGAUAUGAACGUCCUGAUGGCUGCCCAGAUGCUUAUGGAGCAGGUAGCUUCCGAGGGCAAUGGGCCUCUCUUGCACCUGCUCUACCAGCACCUGCUUUUCAGCUUCCCUCUAUGGAGCCACAGUGACUUUGCUGUCCGUCUGGGUCACAUUCAGUACCUGUCCAGCACCAUCAAGGAACACAGACAGAAGGUUCGAAAGAAAUACGGAGUCCAGUACAUCCUUGACUCAGUGCGUGCACAUUACAGCCCACAGAGGGAGCGUCCCCUUGCUGAAGAUGACUUAAGAACAGUGCAGACCUCCCUGUUCAGUCUGGUCAAGGAGUUCCUGGCCCGAAGCUUCUCCCCAGAGGAGAUGCAUGCAGUGCUCAACUACCUGGCUGGGUCUAAUGAUGAAGGCCAGGUAUGUGGGGUUUUGGACAUGCUUUUGAACCUGCUGCGGAGCUCACCGGUCCAGGAGGCCCUCUGCACCUUCCUGCUAGAGCCAAAUAACGUGGAGGUACUGUUUGCCCUCUUGGUACACAGGUCCUUCUCUGACCAGCUGCGUGACAAGGUCUUCAAGAUCCUGAAUAAGCUCUUAAAGAGUGAUCGAGUGCCUGAGCGUUGUAAGCAUCGGCUCAAGCUGAAGGAUUGUGGUCUCCAGGGCCUCAUCACCUGCCUGCCCGAUGGGCCCGUCUCUUCUCACCUCUGCCGGGGCCUCUCUGAGCAGGUCCUGAGUGCAGACUGCCCAAACCUCAAGGACUUGGUGGCUGUUGUAUAUCUGUCCCACCGUGCCCAGCUCUGUGUCCGCCUGGACAUGUGUAGGAAGCUGUUCCACCUGAUCUACGGGCAGCCAGAUAUGGUGCGGCAGCUGGCUCGCCAGGUGGGAUGGCAGGACAUCCUAACACGUCUGUAUGUCCGAGAAGCCCCUGCUGCCCCCUCGCCGAACCCCCUGGAGCCAGCCUCUGCGGAGCUGAGCGGUGACGUCUUCCUGCCUCUGCCUUUUGAAGCUUCUCUGGAGCCUUCCGAGAGCUUUCCAGAGACUGAGGUCUCACCCCCUGUCAGUGUGAGACACUCCUCAUCUGCCGUGGUCCCCAGUGACCCGCCAUCUUUAGAAGCUACCUACCAGCCACUCUCACCCUUCUGUUCACCUUUUGACCUGGGCCCGGAACUGGCCAGCACAGGGUCUGGGGCCACUGUGGGCAGUGGUGAGAACCUGACCCCUGUCAGCCUACCUAGCACGCCGUCUCCGCUGGAAGGGGGACGGCCUUUCCCACCCCUCCGGGGCCGCCAUAGCUCCAGCCUCUCCAAUGUACUGGAUGAGACCAGCUUCCAGGAGCCCAGCCUUGGGGAUGAUACCUCCAACACCAGCAAUCCACAGCAAGCCCCGGAGGAAGAACUAUGCAAUUUGCUGACCAAUAUCCUAUUCUCGGUGACGUGGCGCGGGGUGGAGGGUGAUGAUGAGGCUGCGUGGCGUGAGCGGGGCCAGGUCUUCUCAGUUCUCACAAAACUGGGGGCUGCUGGAGAGCUAGUGCGUCCACCUGAUGAGAUCAAGCGCAGCCUCCUUGAGAUGAUGCUGGAUUCAGCCCUGAAUGACGUUCAGGAGGCCCUGCCUGUGGCCCUGCCCAGCCUUACACACCGUGUGUUGAAGCUCCUGCGUUUGCUACAGGACUUCCUGCACUCUGAGGGCCAUGGGAACCAGGCUCUGUGGAGUGAGAAGCUCUUUGAAGGUGUGAGCAGCCUCCUGGAUCACCUUGGCGUGUGGCAGCAUCUGACCAAUGGUGCUGCUGACCUCCGGGAGAUGGCGCAGAUUGGGCUGCGCCUUGUCCUUGGCUACAUGCUGUUGGAAGACACCCAGCUUCAUGCCCUGGCCUACGUGAAGCUCCAUGGCCUGCUGCAAACAGCAGUGCCACCAAAGCGAGAGGAGGCCUGCUAUCUGCUGGCCAAGCUGGAGGCCCCUCUGGCCCGGGCGCUGGAGGCAGAAUCUGAGCGCUGCUCCUGGCUCGUGCCUCUGGUCCGGACCCUGCUGGACAGGGCCUACAUAGAACUGGGCCUGCAGUGGGGGCUGCCCUCCCUGCCACCCACCAAUGGCAGCCCCACCUUCUAUGAAGACUUCCAAGCUUUUUGCACAUCCCCAGAAUGGCGACUCUUCAUUGACAAACAGGUGCAGCCUACCAUGUCCCAGUUUGAGAUGGACACUUAUGCUAGGAGCCAUGACCACAUGUCCAGUUUUUGGAACUCCUGCUAUGACGCACUCAUGAGCAGCAGCCUUCGGAGGGAUCGAGAGCGGACCGAGAGCCGGCGCCUCUUCCAGGAAUUGGUGCUGGACCCAGUAAUGAAGAGGGGCCGGUCAGAAGGAAAGCGUUACAGCAGUGUACAAAAGCAGCUGGCCUCCCAGCACACCAUAGCCUUCCUGCACUGGAAGGCCCUGGGCCGUUUGCUCACCGCACCCCGCUCUGCCUGGGCCCAGAGGAAUCCCCCUCCUCCUCGAUGGAAGUUAUCCAGCGCUGAGACUUACUCCCGGAUGCGGCUGAAGCUGGUGCCCAAUUAUCACUUUGACCAGCAUAGUGAGGCCAGUGCUCUUCGAGACAACCUGGGUGCUACUGACCCCCUGCCACCCUCCACAGAGGAUUCCCUGCCUCUGACUGUGGCCAAGGAGGCCAAGGUCAGCACUCUGGAGGAAGACCAACUGGGAGAGGAGGAGCUGGCUGUACUGGACACAGCCACGGAGUCCUCAGAGCCUGGUGGGCAGCAGGAGAAGCUCGUGCUGUGGGAGGACUGCCAGCUCAUCACGAUUGUGGCUGUAAUCCCAGGCCGCCUUGAAGUGACCACCCAGCACCUCUAUUUCUAUGAUUGCAGUGUAGAAAAGGACGAGACGGAGGAGGGCAUUGGGUAUGAUUUCCGGCGGCCACUCUCCCAACUCCGAGAAGUCCACCUUCGGCGUUACAAUCUCCGACGGUCAGCCCUGGAACUCUUCUUCAUUGACCAGGCCAAUUACUUCCUCAACUUCCCUCGAAAGGUGCGGAACAAGGUGUACUCAUGCAUUCUGGGACUUCGGCCCCCCAGCCAGGGUUACUAUGGAAGCCACUCUCCGCAGGAGAUGCUUCGAGCUUCUGGCCUGACUCAGAAAUGGGUCCACCGAGAGAUUUCCAACUUUGAGUACCUGAUGCAACUCAACACCAUUGCAGGGAGAACUUACAAUGACCUCUCCCAGUACCCUGUGUUCCCCUGGAUCCUACAGGAUUAUACGUCUGAGACUCUGGACCUGAAUGACCCAUCUGUGUUUCGGGACCUGUCCAAACCCAUUGGAGUGGUGAACUCCAAACACGCACAGCUCGUUCGAGAGAAGUAUGAGAGCUUUGAGGACCCCACAGGCACCACCGACAAGUUCCAUUAUGGCACCCACUACUCCAACGCAGCGGGUGUCAUGCACUACCUCAUCCGUAUGGAGCCAUUUACCUCCCUGCACAUCCAGCUGCAGAGUGGCCGAUUUGACUGCUCAGAUCGGCAGUUCCACUCUGUGGCAGCUGCCUGGCAGGCGCGCCUGGAAAGUCCCGCUGAUGUCAAGGAGCUCAUCCCUGAGUUUUUCUACUUCCCUGACUUCCUAGAAAACCAGAAUGGAUUUGAUCUGGGUAGCCUUCAGCUGACCAAUGAGAAGGUGGGUGAUGUGGUGCUGCCCCGAUGGGCCCGUUCCCGGGAAGAUUUUAUUCAUCAGCACCGAAAGGCCCUGGAAUCAGAGCAUGUGUCUGCCCACCUCCAUGAAUGGAUCGACCUCAUCUUUGGCUGCAAGCAGCGGGGGCCUGCUGCUGUGGAGGCUCUCAAUGUCUUCUACUACUGCACCUACGAGGGGGCUGUGGAUCUGGAUGCCGUGGCAGAUGAGACAGAACGGAAAGCCUUGGAGGGCAUCAUCAGCAACUUCGGACAGACCCCUUGCCAGCUACUCAAGGAGCCCCACCCUCCCCGACUCUCUGCUGAAGAUGCUGCUCGUCGCCUGGCAAAGCUUGAUACCUCUUCGCCAAACCUCUUCCAAAAUCUUGACCAGCUCAAGGCCUUCUUUGUUGAGGGCAUCAGCGAUGGAGUGCCCCUUGUGUUGGCUGUAGUGCCCCACCGGCAGUCCCAUUCCUUCAUGACCCAAGGAUCUCCAGACUUGCUGGUGACUGUGAGUGCCAGUGGACUGUUGGGUACCCACAACUGGCUGCCUUACGAUCGGAACAUUAGCAACUACUUUACUUUCAGCAAGGACCCUACUGUGUCCAACGCCAAGACACAGAGACUACUGAGUGGCCCUUGGGCACCGGGUGGGGGCGUGAGUGGCUGCGCUUUGGCUGUGGCCCCAGAUGGGAAGCUCCUGUUCAGUGGUGGUCACUGGGAUGGCAGCCUUCGAGUGACCAGCCUGCCCCGCGGCAAACUACUGAGCCAACUCAGUCGCCAUAUUGACGUGGUGACCUGCGUGGCCCUGGAUCUGUGCGGACUCUACCUCAUCUCAGGCUCCCGGGACACAACCUGCAUGGUGUGGCAGGUCCUACAGCAGGGUGGCCUGUCAGCAGGGCUGGCUUCAAAACCAGUGCAGGUACUAUAUGGGCAUGAGGCUGAGGUGACGUGUGUGGCCAUCAGCACAGAGCUGGACAUGGCUGUGUCAGGCUCCAAGGAUGGCACAGUAAUCAUCCACACGAUCAGGAGAGGUCAGUUUGUGGCUUCACUCCAGCCCUCAGGGGGUGCAGUGCCCGGGCCUGUGGCCCACCUGGCCCUGGGACCUGAGGGCCAGAUUGUGGUGCAGAGCUUGGCUCAGGAACGGCCAGGGGCCCAGAUGAGCUACUUCCUGCACCUCUAUUCAGUGAAUGGGCGGUUGCUGGCAUCACGGAAGCUGGAGGAGCAACCCACAGCCCUAGCCCUGACUGAUGCCUUUGUGCUGUUGGGCACAGCUCAGUGCAACCUUCACAUCCUCCACCUGCACAGUCUGGUCCCAGCCGUGCCCUUACUGUCCAUGAAGGUGCCCAUCUACAGCGUGGCCGUGACCAAGGAGAGGAGCCACAUUCUAGUGGGGCUGGAGGACGGGAAGCUGAUAGUCGUGGGAGCUGGACAGCCCUCGGAGGUGCGUUCAGGGCAGUUUGCCCGGAGACUGUGGAGAUCAACCCGGCGGAUCUCGCAGGUGUCUUCCGGAGAGACGGAAUAUAACCCACCGGAGGCAAAGUGAUUGCCCGGCCGUCCCACCCCUCCUGGUGGUGCCAGCCCCCUAAGUCCAGGCGCUCUAGCUCAGCUCUUAGCGCACUCUGGGCCGCUCCUCCUCCUCUAGAAUGGGGCGGGAGAACAAAUAAAUGCACUGGCCCUAGGCCCCCUGAGUGGGCAGGCCCCGUGCCCCAUCCCCACCUCGGUGUGGGUGGGAUGCCUAGGAGGAUGGGUGGGGCUCUCAGUCUGGUCACUGGAGACAUCCCCUUCUAGGGAGCUGAAAAAACCUCCCUCCUCUCCUCAGCCCCCUUCUCAGGCUGAGAGGUCAGGCAUGCCUAUAAAUAGGCAUUGGGGAUGGGGAUUGUUGUUUGCAGGUGUCAUGCCCGCCCCUCAGCUCAGGGAUUGGUGGGGGCCGGUAUCCCUAGGAAAGGCCUGCCCCCUAGCAGGUAUGGGGGCCAGGCAGCACAGCCUCUUUCUGGCUGGACCAGAGAAACCAGGCUUGUCUGUUUGUGGGUGGGGGUCAGGAAGGGGGAGGUGAGGGGUGUCUUGCUCUCCCCUGGGGAACUAGCCCCUGGGUCCUGUCCACGUGGCAGCACUUUGCACAGCCCGGGGUGGGAUGGGUGGGGGGGUGUCCUUGACAGCCUGUCUUCUCCUUCCCAAACCCCCAAGCACAAAGGGGCCAGUGCCCGGUGCCGUGGCCUUAACCCUGUCCCUGUAAGUGGCCUUCCCCCGACAAUAAACUUGCCCUGUUUUUGUA